CAGCAACAUAAAAAGUUAGUAGUUUUAAGUGCUAUAAAAUUCAAAUUUGUAAUUCUGAUUCAAAUAUACCAAAAUUAAGUGCUGUUAUUUUUUUUUGUUUGUUUAACCAAAUGUCGGUGUGAAUUCUAUCAUUUUCAGAAAAAUACAAGUUUAACUUCUUAACUGCACGAUAAACAUUAUUGUUGUUUUCUGUUCUGCAUGUGUUCUGUUUGUGCCCAAGUUCCUGUUCACUUAUUAGGAAUACAUUACAACUGAAGUUUGUGUGCCCAUUAGGGAUCUUUUUUUUUAAAGCUCAGAUACACUAAAUUAAUCUUAACAGUGGUGAAUCAUUUGUACUAGACAAGAGUAAUACUUGAUUGGAUCUGUCCAAAUUAGUGGUUUUAAAUUAAUGCUAAUCAGUUUAACCUUUAAAGAACUGGGAUUUUGCAGUGUUAAUCUCUGACACACUAUUACCCCUUUCACAGAGACGAGUUAUCACGGCUGAGAACCGGCACUGAUGUGGCAUUUUGGUCUGUGUGAAUUGCCUAUACCGUCACAGAGCCGUCAUAUUUUAUGCCGUUUCGCAAGAUUGCUGCAAUAGCAGAGACAGAUGAGUCAGAAUCAGCAGAAGGUGUUACAGACUCCAAGAAAAGAAGAGAAAUUCUCUCAAGGCGACCGUCUUACAGAAAAAUUCUUAACGAAUUAUCUUCAGAUACACCGGGUGUUCCAAAGAUUGAAGAGGAGAAGUCAGAAGAAGAGGUUACACCUUCAAACAUAGCAACAAUGGCAGUGCCAACGUCCAUCUAUCAGACCAGCACUGGGCAAUACAUUGCAAUUGCUCAAGGGGGGACAAUCCAGAUUGCCAAUCCAGGAUCUGAUGGUGUUCAGGGACUACAGACAUUUACCAUGACAAAUUCAGGGACCCCACAGCCUGGGGCUACAAUUGUGCAGUAUGCCACACAGUCAGGUGAUGGAACCCAGCAGUUCUUUGUACCCGGCAGCCAGGUGGUUGUACAAGCUGCCACCGGGGAUAUGCCAACCUACCAGAUCCGGACACCAACUUCAAGUUUGCCCCAGGGAGUGGUGAUGGCAGCCUCGCCAGGAUCAUUACACAGCCCACAGCAGCUUUCAGAUGAGGUAACGCGGAAAAGGGAACACAGACUCAUGAAAAACAGGGAGGCUGCUCGGGAGUGCCGCAAGAAGAAGAAAGAAUACGUCAAAUGUCUUGAAAAUCGUGUGGCUGUGCUUGAAAAUCAAAACAAGACCCUCAUUGAGGAACUCAAAGCUCUAAAAGACCUUUACUGCCAUAAAACUGAAUAACCACCAUUUUGGCCUUUGUACAAAAAGACUGAUAUAGGCAUGAGAGGAAGUGGUUCAAUAGACUGUUGACUUGGGGCAUAGACAUAGGAUCUUGCACUCCAUCAAUGUUGGCUUACUAUUUCAAGUACUUUUUGAAUUUUCUUCAAAAUGUGGGAAACAAAUAAUGUUCAUGUCCACGUUUUAUAAGUCAUGUUUGACACUUUUUUUCUUACAUCUGCAGAGUUAAGGCUGGUUAAUGCUUCAAAUAUGGGACUGUCACUCAGUGAUUUGUAGUCUCUCGAGUCAUGUGACUGUCUAGCGAUCCAAGGGAGAUCGCCAAAGUUGAAUUUCUCAACUCCAGCUGGUUGCGUCUCCCAGUAGUCACAUGACUUAAAUAUGACCCAGCCUUUUUGCAUGUAAACAAUGUGUGCUGCCCCUAUCACUUCUGCUCUUUGCAGGGACGCUGCCAAAGAAUGCCGCCGUCGGAAGAAGGAAUAUGUAAAGUGUUUGGAGAGUCGUGUUGGAAUGCUGGAAGUCCAAAACAAGAAGUUAAUUGAGGAACUUGAAAGCCUGAAAGACAUUUACGGUGGAAAAACAAAUU